GACUAUCAAUAAAAAAAUACAGGGCGUAAACAAACAUGACAGAACCAGAAGAUACAUCUCCUGCUUCUGUUACAGCUGAAACUUCGGAGGUUGAAACAAAGCCAGAAAGUCCACAAGCUGUAUCUUCUCCUGAUGUGAAACAGAAAUUAAAUUUGAAAGUUGAUAUACUUCUAAAGCCUGCUGGUGAUGCUCCUAUAAUGAAGAAAAAGAAAUGGACAGUUGAUAGGACAAAACGGAUUUGCUGGGUCUCAGAUUUUAUAAAAAAAUACAUCAAAAUGGAACCAUCAGAAUCUUUGUUCCUCUAUGUCAAUCAAUCUUAUGCACCAUCUCCAGAUACAGACAUAGGAUCUAUAUUUGAUUGCUUUGGUAGCGAUGGUAAACUUGUUCUCCAUUAUUGUAAGUCGCAAGCCUGGGGAUAAUAAAAGUACAUGGAAGUUUGGUAUGAAGUCUUCAUAAUGUUGUUUUGAAAGAAUUCCUUUGCUCUGUUUUUCAUUAUUCAUUUAUAUCACUUGAAUGAUUGUAUUAUUGAAGAGUUACUUUUGUAUGUCUGUUCCUUGAGCUCUAGUAACUGUUGAAUGUAAUAAAGUCCUGUAAUGAUUGAAUUGAUUUAAUUGGAUUUUCUGAGAGAAAAACAACUGAGUUCAUGCUUUAUAUUUAUAUUUGUUUUUGUGGUAUGUUAUUGAAAACUGGCGAAUUGUAAUUUAUUUCAUUUAAUUUUAUAAUUGUAGUUUUUCUGAAGUUACAAUGAACCUCUUGAACUAUUUCAUAUUCACGCUUCAUGGUCCAAUAGAAUUUUAAGAUUGGAAAAUUAAAGCAAUUACACUGUAUGAGCACUUUACAGCAAAUUGUCAAUUAACAGUUGAUACUAGAAAUUAAAAUACAGUUGAAGCCAUAUAGUUAACAAAUUGAAACUUCUAAUAGGCUAGUAGGAUAAGAGCAACCUACACGGUUAAAGUAUAUAUAUGUAGAUUUAGGCCUGCAAAAGCUGAUUUCUGACAGACGUUUUUAACAUCUAGAAAAUUUCUAAUAAUUUUAAAAGAUUAGAUAAUCUAGAUGGCUAUCUGGUUGUGUGGUAUGCGCACUGGACUGUCAUUCGGAUGAUCUCAAUAGUGCCGGUUUCAUACCCUGCCCGCUACCAUCCCCUGUAUUCUUGUGGGAGGUUUGGACUAGGAUGAAAAUUUCUUCAAAUCUGAUGGAACACCUGAAACAUGUAAAAAAAAACAUUUUUACAAACGAAGUAACGUACCCAUUCUGUACAUUUUAGAUAUUUAUUUUAUAUUUUAGUUACUUGAAUGAUGAGGGAUAGGUACUAGUGAUAUUAUGUACUUCUUGAUUACCUGAUGGUUAGGCCUACAAGCUGGCAAUUAACCAAAGUAUACUUCACAAUGAGAAGUUCAUAUCUAUAUUUCUUUUAGCACAUGGCCGCAAAUGAACUAAAAUUGUAUUGGUAGCUAAUGUAUAAUGCUUUUUUUUUAAUGUGACAGUUAUUAGUGGAAAAAAGAAAAAAAAGGACCUUGUCUUCUCUUUAUCUAAUCCCAAGAGUUUAACAUAUGCUUUGUUAUUUCAAUGGUCUACUGUAACUAGCUAGAUUUCAUUUCUAUGGGAGUUACCAUUUAGCUUAUUUUUUAAAAGGUUCAUUUUAGUUAGACCUCGUUGAAUGAAAUUGUGUGGGACCACUUUGAUUGGUUUAAUAAAAUUGUAUGAGCCCAACUCCUGCUUCUCGGCUACAGCACAGCCAGCAUUCUACAACAUAUCUUGGAUGUCUGCCCUUUACAUUUGCUCUGUAUGUUUUCUUUCUUAAAAGACAUACUUUUCAAUGAUUCAACAUAAAUAAUAUGAAAUUACAUUCGAGUCAAAAUAGAAAUGACUAUUAUGUAUGAAAUAGGUAAACAUUUGUUAUUGAGAAGUUCAGAUAAAUGUUGUAAGUAGUUAUCAAGGAAUUUUGUUUUCCUUAUCUAAUAGAGGAUGGAAGGAAGACCCGGAACAUAUUAUAACCAUAUAUUGUAUAUACUGUUUAAGUGUGAAUGUUUACUUCUGUCAUAGUCACAUUUUAUUGCAUUUAAUGAUAAUGUUUGGCUUAUUCUAGAUGUUUUUUUUAAUGUAUUGAUUAAAAAACAGUUUUUAUUUGUACUUUAUAGACAGGGCAUGUCCUUGUCAAGGCAAUACAUUUAUGGUCAUUUUUGAACUA